CUUAUUUAACAGGAAUUUCGACCAAUUUCAAUGAACCUUAUCUUCUUCAUCCCCAUAUAAAUAGGAGUAAGCGGGAACACCAUUUUCUUCAAUUGUAAAUUAGUCCCUCUACUUCAUCUGAAUUACGCUUCGGCCAUUUUGGUUAUGUUCACUGCCGGUCACCGGAAAACUGAGAGAUAUUCAUCCGCUACCGUCGCACAGGUAAACAUUAAAAUCUACACUUAUAUAUAGCGUAAAUGCCUUCUCCGAGAAAUCACCGGAGAGGAGGCAGUGAGGAGAAGAAUCGGAAGGGGAAGUUAUCGGAGAAAUCAAUGUCGUUUCACGUACAGAGUUCGGAGAAUAGUACGUCGGAGUUGCUGCGAAGGCCGAGAACAGUACCGGAUUUGCUCUCCGCCGGUAGAAUUUCAGCCGGAACCGGUAAAUCGCCGGAAAUGAAGGACAAAUUGAAGUUAACGAAGUUGCUGUUGAAUGUUACGAUUCAGAGAAGUAUAGGUCCUGUACAUGUUCUAAUUUCGCUUGAAUCAACGGUUCAGGAUCUCAUCGCUGCCGCUCUCCGGCAAUACUCGAAAGAAGGAAGACGGCCGGUUCUUACAUCCGUCAUUCCCGCCGAUUACGAUCUUCAUUACUCGCAGUUCAGUUUAGAAAGUUUAGACAGGGAAGAGAAACUGAUCGGAUUAGGUUCUAGAAACUUCUUUCUAUGUCCAAAAACGUCAAAUUCCGCCGGCGCCGGUGCCGGAACAUCGUCUUCUUCUUCGAGCUGUGCAAAGCAAGCUGAUAAAGCUACUGCUACAAAAAUUUCAUUGCCUUGGCUCAAAUUCAUGGAUUUCAUGCUGUGAAGAAAUUAUACUCCGAAUUUGUCACUGCAAGGAGGAGGAAAACUAAUAUGCAAGUAUUAUUGAUGUCAAAAACACCAGCACUAAGAAAGUGAUGUCAUAUCGAUCGAGGAUGAAACAAAAUCAGCAGCUGUUCUUGGCAUAGCCCACUUCAAUCCCAACAAAUAUAGGAACAUCUGUCAAAUCUGUGUAGAUGAUAUAGAGCAAUGUAAGAAAAUAUGGUAAACUGAUUCCACCUCUAUUCAGCACAUGUAGCAGACUAGCUGUAUCCGUCUUUUGUAGAUUGUAUUGAGUCGACCACACAACUUACUUUUCUGUAUCCUCUUAAAUACACCAAAAGUAAGUUGAUUAGUACCUGUGGGCUGUGAGUAGCAUCUUGUAACAGAGCUGACUGUGAAUGAACCACAAGUCCUGCCAUCUACAAAUUAACGGAUCAUUACUGUUGUUCGAAUGAGAAACUGAGGAUUAAAGGUUGGAAAGAGAGUAGUAUUUUCAUGUAGCAUCAACAUGAAACAGAGUGAUUAGAGUUGUGUACUACUUAUGGGAAUCAAAGGUGAUUAAAGUUGUGUA